ACAUUGACAUCGUAGUUCAUGUGCACGGUUGUAUAGAAAGCGCCUCACACUGGGCUCGGCUAAAAGCGGCUCGUGACCUCUCCUUCUUCUUUCUGCCCAUGGCAUCUCUCCUUUUUCUUCUCUCUGGUAAUACCAGGAUGGCCAACCUGGCCGGGCAAGCCUGUCCGGUCGAGGCGCCGUGACCCUCUUUCCCGUAAAAUGUUGAGUGAACACGGCACUAGGGCGUGAGGCUCGUGUCAGAACCCUAGGACCGGGAUGCCGGAGAGGGAAGGCAGGCGCAGUUCUCCCGGCUCGCCACUUCAGCCCGCUUGGAUGCAACCGGGGGGAGGGGGGUGGAAGUUUAGCCGGCACGCAUCUUUUUUGUUACAGCCCUGUGCAAAGCGUACGCCAGAAAGAGAUAAAUAGAGCUCUCUCUCUUCUUUUACACCUUCCUUGGUCGUGCAUGAUACUCCAUUUUUGCCUUCAUUGACACCAAAGAUUCUGACAAGGAAUUGCGCUACUGUAUAUACUGUACUCUUACUUCAUAGUCUAAACUUUCCAAUAAUAUAUAGCCAUUCGCGAUUAUCACUUCGUGCACUUCCCUCAUCAGAUUUCUCUCUAAUAGCACUUCGUGUGUACAUGAUGGUACGCGGAUUAGCUUAAACCGGCCCAUGAUAUCUUUCUCUCUAUUGGAAACAGCAAGUAUCAUUUUUUGGCGAGAUGCAAAUCGACCUUGUUGCGAUCAAACUAGUCCUCUGGUUUGAUUUUUCGCGAUAAUUACGUUAUUCAGUUUUAUAAAAGAACACUGGUUAAUUCAAAAUAUAUAGACUAUGGAGUCUGCAAUUGGGCAUCUCGAACAAAGCGUUCAGAAAGCUGACGGAAAAUUAGAUAUGAUUGCCUGGCAAAUUGACGCUUUUGAGAAAGCUUUCGAGGACCCAGAAAACGAGAUAUCUGUGCUUCGCCUAUUACAUUCUGUCCUUCAAGUAACGAAAGAUUAUCAGAAUCUCCGUCAAGAAAUUUUGGAGGUUCAACAGUUACAAAAACAGCUUUCUGACUCACUUAAAGCUCAGCUUACACAGGUGCACGGACAUUUUAAUUUAUUGCGCAAUAAGAUCGUAGGACACAAAUCACCACAGUUGAAGUAAAAGAUUUUAUCAUCUAUUUUCCAGAAAGUCAUCCAUUGUUUCAAUAAAAUAUAUGAAAAAUUCAUGCAUAAUUUUUGUGAUGCAAAUUAAAGCUUGAUUAUAGCCAGAAUUAUGUUUAUUACAUUUAUAACAAAAAGUUUAGUAAACUGCAACAAAUAGUAUAGUUGAUAACAAAGAAAGAAUGAAAGACAAAUAAGAAACAAAUGCAUGGUAUAUUUUAACAUUUUCUUCUGAAAAUUUUAAUAAAGCUUAAUAUUGUUUCCGAACAUCUAGAUCUUUUUAAAAUAGAAUGUAAUCAACAGUUAUUAUUGAUGGAUAACUUAUUUGACUUAUGCCAUAAACAUGACAAUGGGGCCAAUUUAUGCGCUGGUAUAUGGAAAGAAUUGGAUUGCUUUCAGAUUUAAAAAAAUGCUGUAUAUAGCUCUUAUUAUUUGUCACUAUUCACUAUUUCAAAUAUAUUGAUAGAUUGCAAACAACAUAUGUAAUAAUAUUAUAACUAAUUUUUAAGUAGAAUUAAGAUUCCAAUAUUACAUUAAUUCAAUAGUUAGUUCUUAACACACACAUAUACACAUAUAUAUAUUAUCCUAUUGUUAAAAAAGUUAUCUAUAUACAUUCUUCUUAUAUCAUUUUGUGGACAAUUGAAGAUUUCAUUCCUUGUAUCAAUCGAUUCGCUUUCUAAGGCACUCAAAUUAGGACAAGCUUAGCAUGAAAUCUUUGUGUAUAUUUAUAACUAGUUUAAGUUAGAUAUUUAUGCUUUUAUGACAUCGAUAUUUCGGGAAUAAUAAGUUUAAUAUUUUAAAAAUCUUAAGUGAUAUAUAUGAU